AUGAACGAUCCUUUCCGCUUGCCGGCUCAGCGCUCAGCUGGGCCUGCGGGCCACGCGCGGCUUCGAGGGGCAGGCGGUCCGCGCGGACGGCGGGGCGCCCCCUGGCGGCGUCGGCACGCCACCGCGCACUCUCGCGGCGGGCCGCGGCGGAGAGCCGGCGGCGACCGCGGCGGCCGCGCCAGCCGGCAGUUGACGCACGCACGGGACGGUCGGUCCGAGGCACGCUCGCUCGCACGCUCGCUCUGCGCGGCUCGCCUGCCGUUGACCCACUUGCCGAGAGCAUCGGACUUUCUUCCGCGGCCACGUGAGCGGUUGGCGAUCGCACGUGUUCCUCGGAGACCGGCGCCCGGCUCGCUCGCCGUCCUACCCGCGCGCGCGUGCGCGAUCGUCGUCAACACUACCGUCGGCUUCGUGGACGUUCACGCGCCGAUCGAUAAGAAACGCCCAGCUUACUGUUUGUUGUGCGUGGGUGAUUGCAAAACGAAAGGAAGGAAUAAAAAAGGAAAAGCGGAUGGCGUCGCCGGGCCAUGCCUAACCCGCCCUCGCGUCUUGGUGCCUAGCCGCUCGUCAUGUACCUCAUGCAGUGGGCGGGCGCGGGAACCUUCCUUCGGGAGGCGCGGACCGUGGCCGCUUUGGCGGGAGCGGAUUGGCGCUUGGAAUUCGCGGGCAAUUUCGUGGAAUGAUGAGUUCCUGCCGGCGGGCAGGUCCAAGGAAGAAGACAAAAGAAUGUUGGUGGUCGCACCUCCUCCUCGUGAGGGAGAAGGGGUGGCCGUUUUUGGAUCCCAUACAAUUAAAAUAAUAUUAACAAAUAAGAUAAAAUAUUGGUAUUAUUAUUACUACUAUUAUAUUAUUAUUAUUAUUAUUAUUAUUAUUAUUAUUAUUAUUAUUAUUAUUAUUAUUAUUAUUUGA